AUGGGAAAUCUAUAAACAUUAAUAAAUUAUCAUUCCCCAUUCUCUUAUAUUGAUAAUUUAAAUGAUUAAUUAUAAGAUGAAGGAAUGAUAAAUCAUCCUGGUCUUGGAUAGAUAUAAUUAUGGAAAAUUAAAAAAUAAAACUAACCAAUGAUAUUUUCUUAUGUAAAUUAAUGUAUUUAUAUAUUAGCAUGUCCAUAUUUAUAAAAAUGAUUCCCAUUUGAUUGAAUUUCAUAAAAUACGUUGUUAAAUUAAUCAUCCAAACAUUUUAUCAUAUUUUGCAUGUGCAAACUCAAAAGCUUAAAAUAUAGGAAAUGUUUAAUCUUAAUAACUAUUUUUUGCAUAUUAUUCCAAUAAUUUAAAAUAGAAAUUAAUAUAAUAAAAGACAUUUUCAGAAAUUGAAAUUUGGAAUGUAAAUUAUUGAAUAUAUUGAAGAUAGUUGAAUAAAUUGUUAAUGCAUUAGCUUAUUUAUAAGGAUUAAACAGAUAUCAUGGUAAUUUGAUAACAGAAUCAAUUUUACUGAGCAACAAUAAUUAAAUAAAACUAUUAGAUUAGCUUGAGUAGAUUCCUAAUUAUGAUUAGAUUAAAAAGGAUGUAUUCGAUUUAGGAAUCAUAAUUAUAGAAAUGCUUACAGGUCGAGGUAAAUGAAUAAUUUAUACUUAAAGCUAAUUAAUUAAACUUUAAUUAAUCAAUUAAACAGUUAGAUGGAAGAUAUUCAAUUUAAUUAUUAUAAUUAGUAGCUAAAAUGCUCUAAAAAGAUAUUGCAUUAAGACCUGAUUUUAUUCAACUUUAAUAAAUGAUUUAAAAUAGAUGUAAAGAACCAAUAAUUUUGCAAAAUUCUUUUUCUAAUUUGAAUAAACCUGAAUUUGUAAAAAUUUAUAAUCGUUCAUAAAGACAUUAAAGAUGUAAUUCUAAUUAAGGAAUUGUAAUUAGACCUUAAAGAAUGAGUUAACCAUAAAUUAAUCCUAGAAUAAUUUAAUCUAAAUAAUAAAAUAAUAAUACAUAAAUUAAUAAUAGUGUUGUGCUUUAUCAAUCAUAAUAAGGAAAUAUUUAAAAUUAAAAUUAAGAAUAGCAAUUUAUUAGUUAUGUUUAAAUCUUUAACCAACAAACACCAUAUAAGCCAGUAUCAUAAGUUGAUUAAAUUUCAAAUGCAGAUAAAGUAACAUUAUUUUAAAGUGGUAUUAUGCAUAAUUCAUUUUUAUGGCAUUAGAAUUCUCCACUAAAGAAAUAAAGCUCUGUGUUAUAGUUUAUUUUGCCAUAGCGCAUUUGA